AUGUCUUCGAACGACAGAAGACCGACGGUAGCUGAAGAAGACGAUGACUUUGACGACCUUCUCGAUGAAAUUCUAGAUGAUUUUACACAAGACCUACCAGCACAAUCGAGUGGCCAUGCCUCGUCAAGUAAAGAUAGCACUCAGAAGCCUCCCACAGAAAAAGACUUGGAAAGAGAAGUCGAAGAACUAUUCAAUGAUAAAGCAUUUGAGGAUACCUUUCAUGCACUGUUACAGGCUUUUGAUGACGCCAGUAUAGACGAUUCUGCCGUUACCGCUUCUAAUACUAACGUUGCGAGCCAGGGUGGAGAGACGGGUGGAACAAGAGGGUCGUUUCAGGAUCACAUAAAUCAGACAAUGAAUCAGUUGAGGAAUAGCUCUGAUCAACUUGAUCUCAAUAAUGCUAAUUUCAUAAUCAAGACUGAAAUGACAGACAACGAAGACUUGUUAUCGGACUUUGUAAGAGCAUUAGACAGCAUUGCUGAAAGCGGCGAUUUUACAAAUUUGGUCGAGAAUAUGAUGGAUAAACUAACGACUAGAGACCUUCUAUACGAACCGAUGAAGGAACUCGGUAUGAAGUACCCGCAAUGGCUUAAAGAUAACAAAGAGAAAGUUUCCAGGGAAGAUUACGAGAGAUACGAGAAACAAUAUGAGUGCGUUCAGAAGAUUGUUGCCCAUUUUGAGUCGCAAGAUCCGGGGGCAGAUGACGAAGAGCAGAAGCAAAUCAUAGUCGGUCUUAUGGAAGAAAUGCAGAAGCUGGGUCAUCCGCCAGAUGAUAUCUUGUAUGAAUUUGCACCGGAUGUGACGUUCGAUGAAAACGGUUUCCCUGAGCUCCCACCGGAUCUGGUUAACCAGUUUUGA